CCGGGAGUCAUCGCCCGGCUGAUUUAUCCAAGGGUUUCAAUGCGUAACAAGCUUCUCGUGAAGAGCGGUGGUCUUCUGAUCAAGGUAUGACCCUUGUUGCCUGCCUUUUUGCGCAAUGGUGACAUGGGUCUCUCGUAUACACUCCUGCGUAGACAGAAGCUGGGGAUCUUCUUUAAAAGUCCCACGCACAUCCUCAUGCGUCUCAAUUUUAUCUUCAGACAUUAGUUCAAGCUAGUACAUUUCUUAUCAUCACAAACAUGCUCACCACUCGAUUCAUGAAGCAAUCCCUUCGGGGAAGCCUGUACAAAGCCGCACCCUCGACCAUGGCCAUUCCUCGACGUCAAUUCGCAGCCACUGCCGUCCACAACACCAACAUCUCUGAGAUUAUCACCAGUGACCAUCGGGAUCUCGAAGACGCAUACAACCACAUCAAGAACGCCGCAGACGCAGAGGAACGGGGGAAAUGGCAGAAUCAGUUCACCUGGGCCCUAGCCCGCCACUCGCUGGGCGAGGAGCUGGUGGUCUACCCCUCGAUGGAGAAACAUCUGAGUAACGGGACACAAAUGGCGGACCACGAUCGCAUGGAGCACCAAGUCGUCAAAGAACUCCUGUACAAGUUCCAAGGUCUCGAGCCAAACGACCCUGAGUUCAUUCCAGUGCUGGACAAUCUCUGGGGUAACCUCGCCCAGCAUAUCAAAGAAGAGGAAGGAAAGGAUCUGCCUGAGCUCGAAAAGUCGCUGGAUGAGGGUGAGUCCCGGCAGAUGGCGUCGUCGUUCCAGCGUACCAAGCAGUUCGUGCCAACGAGGAGUCAUCCAAAUGCCCCGAACAAGCCUCCCUUCGAGACGGUGGCGGGGUUGAUGGCAGCCCCAAUGGACAAGAUCAAGGAUCUGUUCAGGUCGUUCCCGGAGACUAAGGACCAAGCAACAAAAUAAUCGGGGGUGUUUGUUGAGAUAUAUUGGAAUGCAUCUAACUUUCGGAAGGCACUGUUUUCUAGUAUAGUGUACGUGAUGUUCAUGUAUGACAUGGCUUCGCCUAAUUCAUCAUCGUAUUUGUGUACUG